AUGUACAAAGAAUGGAUACCAGAUACAAGGGUGGACCUUUGCACCUUUAUUGGCAAUAAGGGUCAAAAUGGAGGCAAAAAUUCAUUGAGUGAAGCUUUUCUUGCCAAAAUUAGACAACCUCUCAUAGAUAUAUUACUGGGGCCUGGACAAAAGUUUCCUUCGUCCUGCCCUGUUCAAGCGGUUUUAAGCGAGGAACGAGUCACUGGUAAUGUAACAACUGAAUUAAGGACUGAAGGAUCUGGCGACACACAGGGCCGAAUUUCAUAUGAGAACAGGGGCGAAUGCUUUUUCUUGCCUUAUACCAAGGACGAUGUUGAGGGCAAUGUCACUCUACGAAGUGGAGACAAGGUUUCGUUUCAGAUCGCAACAAAUCAACGUGGUAAUUUGGGUGCUUGCCAUGUCCGGUUAGAGAACCCGGCUCAUCCAGUUUUGUACAGGGGUGUUGUGUGUUCUAUGAAAGAGUCAUUUGGUUUUAUUGAACGAGCAGAUGUAGUCAAAGAAAUAUUUUUCCACUUUUCUGAAGCCAAAACAUCCGAAGAACUUAGGCCUGGAGAUGAUGUGGAAUUUAUCAUUUUAACAAGAAAUGGUAAAGAAGUUGCAUGCAAUAUUGUUCGGCUACCACCAGGAACAGUUGUGUUUGAAGAUGUAGAUCCAGAUAUCACAAAGGGCCAAGUUUUAAAACCGUUAGAUCGGGGCACAGGGCAGAGACAUCAGAGUGAUCCCCUACCAGGCAGGAUCAGAUAUAGGGCUCCUGAUCAUUCUGAAGUAGAGGUACCAUUUGGUGAUAAAGAUCAAAAAGGCGAUUUCACUCUUCGUCAUGGUGACUGGGUCCAAUUCCAAUUGGCGACAGAUCGACGUGAUCAGCUACGCAGAGCCACUUCCAUUUCACUCCUGGACGAGUCCUUUGUUGUGUCCGGCGAACGUAGAGAUCAGGGUGUGGUAGUGGCCUUGAAGGAUGGUUUUGGCUUUCUUCGUUGUGCAGAGAGAGAGCCAAGACUAUUCUUCCACUUUACCGAGGUUUUGGAUGUGACGAGAGAGAUCUCCAUGGGAGACGAAGUGGAAUUCACAGCAGUACAAGAUCCUAAUAGCUCUUUUGCUAAUUUUAGACACAGCGCUAUAAGGAUUAAACAUUUACCUCCGGGUACUGUAAAAUUCGAAACCCUAAUCGAAUCAAAUCUAACGGGAGUCGUGACUAGGGAAGCCUCUCCAAGAAGCCCUAGCAAAUCUCAAAACGGCGGUCCAACACAAAACGGCGGGCCUCCUGUUCCAGAAGGGGGCAUGAUUUCUUACCAAAGCAAUGGCCAAAAGAAAUCAGUUCCUUUCUUUGCAAAAGAUUGUGAUCGGCAACCUAGAAUGGGUGAUAAAGUUGAUUUCAACAUUAGUCAGGUUAAGCGUAAUAAAGAACUGAUAGCAACAGAUGUUGUAGUAACUGCCAUUAGUAACCAGUCAUCAAACCACAGCUUUAACGGUUCAACUGUCUCGUCAAGCAGCAGUAGUUCAACUUCACAAUCAAGCACCUCAUUGCGCAAUGGUGUCUCUAAAAAUGGACGUCAGUCUUUAAGCAACGGCCAGUUAUGCCAAGGAUUUGUAGCAGCCUUGAAGGAUGGUUUUGGUUUUAUCGAGACCAUUUCGCAUGAUAAAGAAGUGUUUUUCCAUUUCAGCAAUUUUGAAGGCGACACAUCAAACCUAGAUUUAGGCCAAGAAGUAGAAUACAUAUUAGCACCUCGUGGUUCCAAUGGAGGUAGUGGUUCUGGUAGUUGCUGUUCUGCAGAAAAUGUUAGAACUAUUGCUCGAGGAUCAAUACCACUGCCGGAAGGCACCGGUCCUUUGCUGAAUGGUACUGUUACCAGGCCUUUGAGAUCUGUUAACCCAGACCAGAAUGAAUAUUCUGGUUUGAUACAGGUGGUAUCAGAGAAUGGAGACAAGGAAAGCUAUGAAUUUGGAAUAACUGGUCUAAGUAAUAAACGCGAUCUGCUACAAAACGGCGAUCCAGUCACUUUAAGAGUUGACACGGAAGGCAGAGCUACUGAAGUAACAGCUCUGAGAAAGAAGCGAAGGGCUACUGUUGACGCCAUCAAAGGACUUUUUGGAUUUUUGGCCUAUGAAGUAGAAGAAGGAAAGAAGUUAUUCUUUCACAUGUCAGAAGUUGAAGAUGGUGUUCAAUUGCAACAAGGCGAUACCGUGGAAUUUGCCUUGAUCACAAACCAAAGAAGUGGAAAGUCAUCUGCGUGCAAUGUUGUUAAGGUGACAGACAUUCAAGCCAGACCCGAACGUUUGAUUUCUCGUCUUCGAGUAAGUUCCCUUGAAGAGACUGGACCUCGCCUAACAGUGUCCAGACAACCUAAAGGCCCCGAUGGAUCUAAAGGAUUCCAAUCAUCUGCACGUCAACCCAGACAACCUGGUGUAAUCCCAGAAUGAUUAUCCAGAAGUAGAAAAAAAGAAAAAUCUUGAGUUCCUAAAAAUGAUGUCCAAAAAUUAAAAAUGGCAAAAGUCUUAAAUUAGAGACUCUUACCAACAUCCUUAUCUCACAGAAAAAAUGAAUUAAAAGGCUUUAUUUAAGGAUUGGGAGGAUUGAUGAGAUAAAUAUCCGCUCAAAAAAUAUGACAUAAAUGGUUUAAACUAAUAAGACUAAGUAAAAAUAUGAAAAAAAUGAAUUUUUUAGAGAAAAUGUGAUAUGCAGCAAAACAGUGAUCAGUUAUUUUGAUUUCUGAUGCAAACGCAAUUUUGUUUAUGUAUGGCAUCGUAAUGGAAAACCAAAAAUUAAAUUCGUCGCUGCUUUUUUGGCAUACCAGAACAAAAAAAAACAACAACCAAAAUACCGCGUUAUUCGUGAAUAAAUUACAUAAUGAAAAAAAAUGUCUUAACACCCAAGAACUCUUUGUCCGUCAUUUUUGGAUUGUAGUGUUUUUGUUUCAUUUCUCCUUGGUUUUGUUUUGUAAGUCAUAUCAAUGUAAGCAAUGUUACUGGGUAAUAUUUAACAGAUUAUAUAAUUUAUUCACUUGGACAUUUGUGUAUUGAGUUUUGCUUUGACAAAAGUCAUCUCUAAUAUUAUUUAUUAAAAAUUUAAGAAAAAAAAGUAAUACAAAAUAUACAUAUUUGUGUAAAAUCAUAAAGAG